AUGUCGUCGCUUCUCACUCCCGCCAUCCUCGGAGACUUGAUCCCUCUGCGCAGUCGUGUGUGCAUGGGCUCGAUGACUAGGAAUCGUUGCAUCAACCAUAACAUGCCUACAGAAGCUGUGAUCAAUCACUAUGCAACAAGAGCAAGGGACGGAGUUGGUCUUAUCGUCGCUGAAGGAACAUUCGUCUACCUGAACGGGGCAGAAUGGCCGAACGCACCGGUGAUGUACGACGAAAAACACGCAGACGCCUGGAAGAGGGUUACAGAUGAGGUUCACCGCGAAGGAGGAACGAUUUUUUCCCAGCCAUGGCAUCCAGGUCGCAUCCAACAUGAAAGCAUGCCGAUGCUCAGAGAUACAGGGUAUCCGGUACUGGCGCCUUCCAAAGUACGCGCCGCUGGAGGGAAGUUUAGGACACUACCAGAACUACCGGGCUACACGGACAACAUCACCCAAAUCGAGGACCCCAAAGUAAUUAUUGAACAAUACAAGAAUGCAGUCGCUCUGGCGAAAGAGGCUGGGUUUGAUGGGAUCGAAUUGUUGUCCCAGGGGGGCUAUCUCCUCCAUAACUUCCUAUGCUCUCACUCGAACUUACGCACCGAUAUCUACGGAGGCGCGGUCGAAAAUCGAUGCCGUUUCGUCCUUGAAGUGACCGACGCAAUCAUCGAGAUCUGGGGCCCACGACGAGUCGGUAUCAAGAUCUGCCCUUCUGACGACUAUAAUGACUCCGCUGUCUCUUUUAAAGAGCUGAGCGAGACAUACGAUUAUCUUAUCAGGCAGCUCGUUAGUCGAAAACUCGGUUACAUAAAUCUGUCCCGGAGAGGGUGCGCAAUUGGCAGAGCUCAGGAUGAUUACUUCAAGUCUAGUCCCAGACCGGCUGGAAAAGAGCUUCCUCCAAAUUAUGAGCCGUUCUACCAGUUCGGUCAUUUGAUCAAAUAUCCCGGAAGCGAGACGAUGCUCAUGGUCAAUCACGAAUAUACCGUGGCCGAAGCGGACAGCCUUGCAAAGGAAGGGAAGAUUGAUCUGGUCACAUUCGGUCGUCCUUUCAUAUAUAACCCGGAUUUGAUUACCAGGAUCAAACAGGGAAUACCCUUUGCCGAAAAUGAUCGCGGCAAAACAGUGAACUAUGGCCCAUAUACAAAGCCCGAUGAGAACUACAACGAUUGGCCUUAUGCCUCGCUCUAA